UAGUAGAAUGGUGCAUGACAUUUUCUUCUCAAAGUUUUGUACUUUUAGAGGUAUAAUUGGAUCUUUCCAGUUUUUAUAUGUUUCCAUAUGGACAGGUAGGAGAGCUAGCAGGCAUAGCUGUUGGUUCUGCUGUUUGCAUAACUUCAAUCUUGGCUGGACCAAUAUCAGGUGGAUCAAUGAACCCAGCAAGGACCAUAGGACCAGCACUUGCUAGUGCUCAGUACAAGGGAAUUUGGGUGUAUGUGGUUGGACCUGUGAUAGGAACCUUGACGGGGGCAUGGUCUUACGAUCUGAUCCAUAUGACCGACAAGCCGGUGCAUGCAAUCUCUCCGCGUUCAUUUUCAUUCAAACUUCGUCAAAUGAGAAGCCAAGAUGGAGAGGUUCCAAACGAAGAACCCGUCAAUGAUCUUUGAAUUAUCGAUCCAUGUUCAAUAUUAAGGGCAAGGCAAUCCUCACACCCUUUUUAUCUCUACCCUGAAAACUAGAUUGUGGACAUAUCUUAAAUAAAUGUUCUUGUAUUAUAACUUGAAUACAUAUAUAGUUGUAUGUAAUAGUGUAUAGAA